ACACUGCAGUCUUGUAGCCAAUCCGAUUCUAGCAUGGGAUAAAAAAAAAGUCGGAAACAGCAGGCAUCAACUUCUCACUGCAGCAGUAAGGGAUCAUUUGUACGCUGCUGUGUGGGUACGGGAGCAGGUGUUUUCGAAGGCCAGCUCUUUGGUUUUGAACUGCACCAUCACAGCAAGACAGAACGAAAUCCUCAGAACAGAAGCUCACACACUGAGGAGGGAUGUCGUCUGAUCUAGUGUACAGGAUGCUGCCGCUCGUGGCUAUCCUACUCUGUCUUUCUGGGGAAGCCAAAGCUUUCCCAACUGACCCCGACGCCGGGUUCGACAUCACCUUACCAGAGAGUUUGACACAAGGAGAAUCGACUUUAAACGACAUGUUCAGAGAAGUGGAAGAGCUGGUGGAGGACACGCAACACAAACUGGAGGAGGCGGUGCACCAGAUGGUCAACGAGAGCGUUCAAGAGUCAGAAUUAAAUGUGGAUGACCUUCCACCAAAUUACCACAAUGAAAGCAGCACAGACACUAUGGCUGGGAAUACAUCCUACCACACUGUUGAGAAAAUUGACAAGGUGACAGAUAAUAAAACGGGAGCCACUUUCUUCUCAAAAACUGUGAUCUCAUCAUCCAGCAGUGAAGGAGGAGAGAUGAAGCAUGAAUGCAUCAUUAAUGAGGACUGUGGAAAUGGGAAUUACUGCCAGUCUGGACUGCUGCAGUCUAAGUGUCUGCCUUGCAAGAUGCAGGAUUCGAAUUGCACCAGAGAUGUGGAAUGCUGUGAGGGACACCUGUGUGUCUGGGGCCACUGUGUGAAAAACAGCAUUAAAGGAGGGCCAGGUACCAUUUGUGAAUACCAGAGCGACUGCAACAGUGAGCUGUGCUGUGCUUUCUACAAAGCUUUGCUGUUCCCAGUCUGCACUGCAUUGCCUAAAGAGGGGGAACAUUGCCAUGACCCAUCAAACCCACUGCUGGAUCUCCUGUCCUGGGACCAGGAGCCUGAGGGGCCCCAUGAGUACUGCUCAUGUACUAAUGGGCUCAGCUGCCAGUCUCAUGGACGCAGCUCAAUCUGUGAAAAACAGAAUGAUUCUUCCAAAGAGGAAAAUCUUCCAUUUUUUGAUCAGUUGACCAAAAGCCUUUCUUGGGGUGACCACAACUGAAGUAGUGGACCAUACUGAGUCAAGUUAUCUCUGAGAGUAAUCCUCUCUUCUGUAUAUUUAACAGAAACACACAGAGUGUGACUUGACAGUAGAGUUUGUGAACCUCAUUAUUCUAAAAACUAAUAAGCUUCUGUUCUGCACUUAGCAUAUUGCCAAUAUUAAAAUACCUAUAAUUCAGCAGGAUGACUUCUAUUGGUCUACUGUUCUGAAAUUAAUUAAUUAGCAAUAUAAAUCUGCAUAUUUUCCGUGAAGUUAGUUUGUCUUGAAAUGAACCACAAAUCAUAAAUUCAUCUUCCUAUAUGCAACCAGCAGACUUUGAUGGAUAAAAGUGCAAUACAUUGUAUCUUUUUGAAUAAUAUAUAUUUUGGGUUAUUGGGUUUUACCUUUGCUGCUUUGGGUGGAAGGGGUUAUUGUGUUAAGCAAUUACUUUUUGUCAGCACUUUUGAGAGAUUGCAAUAUAAACACAGACCAUGCUUGUUCAUUAUUUGAUGUUAAAUGAAUGUUACUAAAUGUUCUGGUUAAGAAAACGUAACUGGACACUGAAAAUGUGUGUUACAUUGAUGGUGUACUAAUUUGACCUGCUUUCUUCUAUGUUAAAAUAAUUGAAUGUUGACUAAUUGUGGGGAAGUUUUAUUUUAUUACAGCAGUCCACGGAGUAUUUAGCUUUAUAUUGUACAGUAACGCAAUACAUUCUGCUGUUGUGGUAAUCUUGGGCUUUACGAGAAACUAAAAUGAUGUGUUCCCAUUUAUUGUUGUUGAAACCAAUAAAAUUACUACUUUGAAAACCAAA